GGGUCUUACGAUUUAAAGUCCAAAUUACCAAAGAAGGUCUACAUGCAACCAUACUGGCCACAAGCUCGUCGCAGUGAUGAAGAAACUGCAAAAGAGAAGUUGGAAAAAUCCAGAAAGAAGAGGAGCCGCAAAUCUAAGGCCACACAAGUUAAUUCAGACAGUCAAUCUACAAUGACUGAUGUCAACGUUAAACCUCUACAUGACAGUGACUUAUCUAACUACGAAUCCGAUAGUCUCCCUACAAAGGUUCAUAUAGAGAAGAAGAAAUUCCGCCAAGAAUCUUUGAAAUCUGCUAAUAGUUCUAAAAAUAGUGUUGAAAAGAUUGCUUCAACUAGAAAAAGGAAAUCUCGUAAAGUGACUGACAAAUUUCUGGAAGAUUACGAAACUGAAAGUUCCCCUGUUAAAAAGAAACCGCAUCGAAGAGUUAAUCAAUCUUCAAAAGCAGACAGCAGUUCCACUAAAUCCGUUGCCAAAAAGAAAGAUUUGCAGGAAUAUGAACAAUCUUUGAAAGGUGAUGAAUCAGGUGUUGUUUCUACCAACGGUAGCAAACGAUCGCGGAAUAGCAAGAAACAUAAACCCGUUCUAAAUAAACGAAAUCGAAUGACGGAUGAAGGUGAAUCAAAUAAUAAUCAUGGGAGUGUUAAUGGCGUUACAAACAAUGAUCAGGAUAAAUUAGAUGAAUCAAAUGUACUUACGCCAAUCGAACGUGAUUUUGUAA